CAGUUUAUUUUAAAUGUCCCAAAAACGGAUAGUAGCAAAACAGUAAGUGUCUAACUUAAUAAUGCUCGAAAAUAAUUGAAUGUAACAUAAACCUUUAUGAAUUAAACAAUAAAUUAGUACGUAACUAGCACAUGUUGCAUAUUCAUGUCAGAAAAGUAGUUAGUAUGCGGCGGCAAUACAGUCGUGCACGUUACUCCGUCUCGUACGCACCUUACCACUUGUUAGAUUAUAAGUGGCAGCCCAAAUUACGCAGCAACUCUCCCUAUUACCUUCGAAUAGAGUGGUGGCAAGUUGGUAUACCGUAAAGCUAUCAUUGAACGUCACCCUACCGUGUCCGACGUGCCCUGCGCCAUGGCUCUCACCAAGUUUACGCGCAGCUCGUUGGAAUCGCGAAAUACCUUACGUGACGCGGUCAUCAUCAUCGACAACAUAGUGUACGACGUGACCGAGUUCCUGGAGGAGCAUCCCGGUGGAGCGGAGAUACUCCUCGACAAUGCUGGUAAAGACGCGUCGCAGUGCUUUCACGACGUGGGUCAUAGUGACACCGCAUUCGAGUGGCGCGAAAAGUUCAAGAUUGGCGAGGUGGUGGAUGAGGACAAGUGGGAGGUGAAGCCACGCGAGGCGUACGCUGUUCAAGAACACGACGAGCUGACGUUGGCGAGCUUGCUGAGUGUGUGGGGCCCUCCGCUGGUGAUGGCCGGGAUCUCCGCGCUGCUCUACAUGUAUCUGUUUCAGUGAUAUUCACACAUCUAAGACGUAAUAUUAUGUGAGGUGUAGACUGCGGUGUUAUUGGAAUCGACGUGCUCCACGGUGACUGGUGGACGUGAUUUAAAAGGAAUGGUGAUUGUUUAAAUAGUUACAUAAAAUAAAAUAUGUGUAUAGGAAUAAGGUACUUAAUUUUUAACAUGUAUAAUGUAUAUUACACUUAUCCUGACUGAUUAUAAAUAGACAAGGCGCGACCUAAGCUGAUGGUUUUAGACGCAAUUAAUUUUAUACUAGUUACCUACUCACCAAUGCAAGAGAAGCAUAAAGAUUGGAUUUUUGUAAACUCGUCCCAUAAUCUCCAUAAGUAAGUCCAAUUGGCCUAUCUGAAACUAUUACAUAGAAUUCUUUUAAGCAUUCUCAAGAACAAUAAAUGCCAUAGUUUUAUUGAAUAUAAAACGAUCUCGAUUGAAGUGUACUCGUAUUACUUGUGGCACUUUUCAUCGGUACAGAAUUCCGCAUUGAAUCUGUAAUAAGUAUUGUGGAACAAAGUUUAGCAAUAAAGGUUAUAUUUGGUGUUUUGUUGGUAA